AUGCGCCGCGCGGAUGGCUUCGACAAGAAACCUCUCCCCAAGACGCGUCCAGUGAAGACACCGGUCUUCCAAUCCGCGUUCGAUGCGCCAGGCUCGAAGACGACCGCUGCGGCUUCCGCCGCACCCAAGCCGUCAAAGCCUUUGGUAACAAUCCCCCGCUUCGCGAUACCGACACCCUCGGACCCUCCGGAAGCUGGGCCCAGCAAGCCUCCAUCUCACUCGCAGACCCGAAACCCAUCGUUCGUCUCCGCAGAUGCAGCUCGAGCAAGGCUCCAGAAUGCCUUGGCAUCUUCAUCUUACAGCGAACGACGACAGGAGCACCCCGAGUCUGAGCCACCCCGUAAGCGCCUCAAGGCCAUGAUCCCCGGAGAGAAACUGCGAGCCAUGGUCAUGAACGCCAGACCCGCGUCCCCGACGACCCUACCCCAGAAACCAAACACCGCUGUCGCCCUCCGGAACCGCGCUGAGGACGCAAGCUCGAGCUUGAGCCCCGCUCCGAAAGGCGCACUCAGUCGGAUUCCCAACUUCAUCAUCCCUCAGAAGCGGUCUUCGCCUGCCUCCUCGACCUUCCUUAGGCCCCUCCCGCCUCCUCCCGUGAUCCUACCGCCAAAGACGCAGAAGGAGCUUAAACCGCUCUCUGCGAUCCGCAUUGCGCAGCUCACCAAUUUGUCCACCCCUUCCGGCCCCUCCGAGAUCGCCGCGCUGUUCGCGUCCUUGUCUGAGCCGACUGGCUUCCGCACCCCAGCCGACAGGGAGCUCAAGCGCGGCAUCCUCAUCAGUCCCCGAAAAGGUCGGAUGGACAAGGGCAAACCCAAGUUCCUCAGAAACGGCCUGGCCGCACGGGCGUUGUCUGUUAUGAGCGCCCGCGGCAGGAAUUUCUGUUUGUGGGAACAUGAGCUUGAAAUCUAUCUUGAGCAGCGCGCGAAACGCCCGCCAUCGCCGGCGCCGCCUAGGUCGGCCGCUGGUUCCUCGCUCGUCGCCUCGUCCAGGCCUCGCAUGUCCGCCGUCGCCAUACUACCCCCGGACAUCCGCUUGCGCAUCAAGCGCGUCGUGAUAUCUCCAGAAGACCACUUCGUCGCCCUACGACCGCCGUCCGCUCGCGCUUCGGCGAAGCAUCCCGUCGGCAUCGACAAGGGACAACCUGUCAUCGCGCUCGCUGCGUGCCAGAUUCUGUCAGAAGGGCCGGUAGACGCAGGAGCUCGGCGGCGAAACGCGCGAGAGAAGGUGGCCCGCGAGUUCAACGCGCUCGUGAGCGGGAAGAGUGCGCUCAAACAUGAAGUCGACGUUCCCGAGAUGCAUGAAGGCGGAGACGAAGAGGGGGCCGCCGCGCCUUCCUUGCCUGACGUUGAUGUGCCCCCGGCGCCCGAGACAUUGGUGCUCUUCUCCGUGAAGGACUCGAGCACGAUUUCGUCGCGCCUCCGUUUGGAUCACCUGAAGGCCCUGACGGGACGGGAAGUGCGUGUGUGGAAGCCGUACUUCACCGUUGACUCAUCGCCGGUUGCUACGUUGGUCAACGCUAUUCGAGAGUCCGGAAUCGUCACAAGGACGGACGGUGGCGGCGAACCCCCUGCACAGCGCCAACGGCCUAUCGAAGGCCGAAUCCUGUUCGUGACACGCUUCUGUAUAGACCCACCACGGACCGCCUGA